UUUUUUUUUUCCAACAUCACAAAAAAUCCAUUUUUCUCCAAAGUUGACAAUUAAUUACAACGACCAAAUACGUACACGUCAUCAUCAUCACCAUAGCCCAAUCGCUCUCUGACCUUUCACUGCUCUUACAUCCCCUCUGCUUGUACUCGCAAGUCCCAUUCCAUACCUACUGUGUGUAGAAAAUACCCAUUAGAGAACUUCGUCUAUUAGUCUUUUUGUUGUUGUUUGUUUUACCUUUUUUCUUUUCUGAUAUGAAUUUGAUGUGUUUGGGUUAAGUUUGAAGUUUUUGAAGUAAAACCUGUAAUUUUGGAUGGAACUCUAAAUGGGUUCCCUGGAAACCGGGCAAACGUUGAAGAGAGAUAACCUUUUCCGGUCUUCAUCAGCUGGUAGAACCGAGAGGCACCCAUUUCCACAGAGACCCAGAUCGAGGUUCUCAAAGUUUUUUUUCUUCAAGAAGCUAGAUUACUUCCAAUGGAUUUGUACUAUGGGUGUGUUCCUCUUCGUUGUGGUGUUCUGCCAGAUGGUUCUGCUUGGUUCGGAGGUGGAAAAGUCUGGGGCAUCACUUGAAGAAGACUUGGAAGUGAGUUAUGAUGAUGAUUUUAAGCUUUUGAAAGAGAUGGGCGCGUUUGAAUUUGGGGAGGAUGUUAGAUUUGAGCCUACUAAGCUAUUGGAGAAGUUUCAGAGAGAAGCUAGAGCGGCAAAUCUGUAUUCUUCUGCUUUCAACAGGACACUACAACGUUUUGGGUGCAGAAAACCCCAGCUUGCAUUGGUUUUUGCGGAUCUGUUGGUCGAUUCUCAAAAAAUACUGAUGGUGACAGUUGCAGCUGCAUUGCAGGAGAUCGGCUACGAAAUUCAGGUUUUCUCUCUUGAAGAUGGCCCUGUGCAUGAUGUUUGGAGAAAAAUAGGAAUUCCAGUCACGGUUAUUCAAACAUGUGAUAAGACAGAGAUCGUUGUAGAUUGGUUAAACUAUGACAGCAUACUUGUGAGCUCUUUUGAAGCUAGAGGCAUCUUUUCAUGUUUUGAGCAGGAACCUUUCAAGUCGUUACCUCUUAUAUGGACCAUCCAUGAAAGAUUGCUUGCUACUCGUUCAAGACAAUAUAUUUCAAGUGGUCAGAUUGACCUUUUAAAUGAUUGGAAAAGAGUUUUCAACCGUUCUACCGUUGUUGUCUUCCCAAACUAUGUCUUGCCGAUGAUUUACUCCACAUUUGAUGUCGGAAACUUUUUUGUUAUUCCGGGUUCUCCUGCUGAAGCAUUGGAAGCAGACACCGUAAUUGCCUUACACAAAGAUAAUAUGCACGUCCAGAUGGGUUACGAGCCUGAAGAUGCUAUUAUAGCAAUUGUGGGAAGCCAAUUUUUGUACAGGGGUUUGUGGCUGGAGCAUGCCAUUGUUUUACAGGCUUUAUUACCAACCCUUUCAGACUUCCCAUCAGAUAAUAAUUCCAAUUCUCGACUCAAAAUCAUCAUUUUAAGUGGGGAUUCAACAAGUAGCUAUGGUCUGGUUGUGGAGGCAAUUGCUCUUGAAUUGAAAUAUCCGAGUGGCAUUGUGAAGCAUAAAGCUCUUGAUGUGGAUGCAGACAAUGUCUUAAGCAUGGCUGAUCUUGUGAUAUAUGGAUCCUUCCUUGAAGAGCAAUCUUUUCCAGACAGUUUGAUGAAAGCCAUGUGCUUCGGGAAACCCAUCAUUGCCCCAAAUCUCUCCAUGAUAAGGAAAUAUGUUGAUGACAGGGUGAAUGGCUAUCUUUUCCCUAAGGACAAUACUAGGGUUCUGACACAAAUCUUAAGGCAAGUGUUCUCAAAAGGAAAAUUAUCACCACUAGCUCGCAAUAUCGCCUCAAUAGGAAGAAGUACGGCGAAAAACCUGAUGGUUUUGGAAACUGUUGAGGGAUAUGCUUCGCUCCUUGUAAAUGCUUUGAAUCUCCCAUCAGAUGUUGCGCUUCCUAAGGCUGCUGCAGAAAUCCCCCCCAAGUUUAAGGAAAAGUGGCAAUGGCAUUUAUUUGAAGGAGUAUCAGGUUCGACGAAUAUGAACAGCACUUUGAGAAGUUACACAUUUUUAGAAAAGUUUGAGCAGCAACGGAACUACACUCAAAGAGAUAGAUCUGGGGCUAUAAAUGCUGCUGAUGAAUCGUUUUUAUACAGCAUUUGGGAGGAAGAGAAAAACUUUCAGAUGGCUAAUACCAGAAGAAAAAGAGAGGAAGAAGAGUUAAAGGAUAGAACUGAUCAGUCUCAUGGAACCUGGGAGGAAGUUUAUCGAAAUGCCAAAAAGGCUGAUAGAUCUAAGCACGAUUUGCAUGAAAGGGAUGACGGGGAGCUUGAAAGGACUGGUCAACCGUUGUGCAUUUAUGAACCUUACUUCGGGGAGGGUACCUGGCCUUUCCUUCACAUCUCUUCUCUUUAUCGUGGGAUUGGGCUGUCCAGUAAAGGCCGGAGACCUGGAGUGGAAGAUGUUGAUGCACCUUCUCGGCUUCCGCUUCUUAGUAGCUCUUACUAUCGAGAUAUACUUGGUGAAUAUGGAGCCUUUUUUGCAAUUGCAAAUCGGAUUGACCGCAUACAUAAGAAUGCUUGGAUAGGUUUUCAGUCUUGGAGAGCAACAGCAAGGAAGGCAUCUUUGUCUAGAAUCGCUGAAAAUGCAUUAUUAGACUCUAUCCAAGCGCGGAGGCAUGGGGAUGCACUCUACUUUUGGGUGCGCUUGGAUUUGGAUCCACGAAAUCCUUUGCAGCUGGAUUUUUGGUCAUUCUGUGAUGCUAUAAAUGCUGGAAAUUGCAAGUUCGCAUUUUCUGAGGCUCUUAAGAGGAUGUACGGUGUUAGGUAUAAUUUGGAUUCAUUACCUUCCAUGCCUGUAGAUGGCGGCACUUGGUCUGUGAUGCAGAGCUGGGCUUUGCCAACUAGGUCCUUCCUAGAGUUCACCAUGUUUUCUAGAAUGUUUGUAGAUGCAUUGGAUGGGCUUAUGUAUGAGGAGCACCAUUCAAGUGGACGCUGUUAUCUGAGUUUGUCCAAAGAUAAACACUGCUAUUCGCGGCUUCUCGAGCUACUUGUAAAUGUUUGGGCAUACCACAGUGCAAGGCGGAUGGUGUAUGUGAACCCGGAGACGGGUGCAAUGCAGGAACAUCACAGAUUGAAGAGCCGGAAAGGUCAAAUGUGGAUAAGAUGGUUCUCAUACACCACACUUAAGAGCAUGGAUGAAGAUUUUGCGGAGGAGGCAGAUACCGAGCACUCUACUCGGCGGUGGUUGUGGCCAUCAACGGGUGAGGUCUUCUGGCAAGGUGUAUAUGAGCGAGAACGGAGUUUAAGGCAUCGGCAAAAAGAAACUAGGAAGCAAAGAAGUAGGGAAAAGAUUGGUAGAAUUAGGAGGCGAACCCACCAAAAAGUAAUAGGGAAGUAUGUGAAGCCCCCACCAGAUUCAAACACGACGAUGGUUACAGAAACGAUUUCUGGAUCAAACUAAUAUCAUUGGGGUUUUGGCAUCAUUUGAAGUAGAGUUAAUUCGCAAAUUCUUUUCAUUUUAUAGGUUUAUUUUUUUAAAAUUUUUUUGAUUGGAAGGAUGCAUGAAUAUGUGUAUUCGGUAUGAGCGUCUUGUAUCCUUCUGGCCAUUGAGCUUCUUUAGUGGCUAAAUGUAUUAUAGUUUUACUUUUUUGCUUUUUCUUACCUCCUUUUUAUUUGUUAAAAAGAUGAUACAUUCUUUGAAAGACAGAAAUUGGGGAGGCUUAGACAUUUUUAACCAUCGAGCACUCUUCCCUGUUUGGCUGUUUGUGUGGGGGAAUGAAUGGAUUCUUUGCCAGCAACUUUGUA